UUUAAUAAUGUAUAUCAUAUUUUGAUGAAACAUUGUUAAGAUUUUUGUCUUUUAAAUACUUAGAUAUUAAAAAAAUAGAUUCAAUUCUUAGUAUAUGUAUAUUAAAUAAAUCAUUUCUAAAAUCUGCCAGUUGACUUUUGAAUUGCAUUUUUAUUAUCAGAGAUUGCAGCUGUCCCUAAACAUCAUUUUCUGUCUUAAUUUCAUUUCCUAGGUCCGGUCUUUCAAAAUUCUUUGUAAAAUUCCAAAUGGGAAUGGUUUAUCACUAGGAUGACCACAUGAGGAAAAGGCAUGCCUUCACCGGUAAAUAGUAUACACCAGACACAUCACUCGCAUACGACGCAGAACACGGAAAGUCAAAAAGAUAGGAAAACAGUCCUCGAGACACAUGGCUACUUCUUGGGAAAGACGAUCGGGGCUGGAUCCUAUGCGACCGUGCGGUUUGUGUUCUUAUUUAUAAAUUUCAAGAUGGCACAUAGCGAAUUGCAUGGUGGAAAUGUAGCUAUAAAAAUUGUUAGCAAGUAUACAGCUCCUGAAGAUUAUCUCAAGAAAUUUUUGCCACGAGAAAUUGAAGUUGUAAAAGGAUUGAAACACCCGAAUCUUAUUCGAUUCCUGCAAGCUAUUGAAACUACACACAGAGUAUACAUAGUCAUGGAAUACGCAGAGAAUGGAAGCCUUUUAGAUAUAAUUAGGAAGGAGUCUUUCAUACAGGAGCAACGUGCUCGGAAGUGGUUCAGACAACUUGUCGAUGCAAUCGAGUAUUGUCACGAGAGAGGUGUAGUCCAUAGAGACAUCAAGUGUGAAAACCUGUUGAUGGAUAUCAACUACAAUAUUAAGGUAUCAGAUUUCGGCUUUGCACGAACGUACGUGAAGCACCAGAACGGACAUCCGGUCUUGAGCGAAACUUUCUGCGGAAGCUACGCUUAUGCUUCACCGGAGAUACUCAGAGGAAUCCCGUACCAGCCGCACCAAUCAGAUAUCUGGUCAAUGGGCGUGGUUUUGUAUGCCAUGGUUUUUGGACGUUUACCUUUCGAUGACACUAAUUAUUCUUUGCUUCUGAAGCAAGUGUCAAAUAAAGUUACGUUUCCUCGAGAUCCCAAAGCAUCCAGUGCAUGCAAAGCUUUGAUCAAUAAAAUUUUGGCACCUCUGAAAGUUAGAGCUCGAAUUUCCGGUAUAAGGACUGACGCCUGGUUCAACUACACUACAACAGACAAAGCAGGAAGUAGCAAGGAGGGAUCGGAGGUGUCUCAGAUUCGUGUCCCAAGUCGGGAUGCUAUAACCCUGGUAACAAAGAAACAACUAAAGGAUGAAGUGAAACGCAAGGAAAAGGCAAACGCUGCUGAAGAGGAGACCCAAAUUGCAACGCAAUCGCCGGAAACGCCGAAUAGAUCCGAAGAUAAAAUAAAAGACAAGAAAUAAAUGUUCGUUACAUUUCUAUAGGCGAAAUAUAUUUAUUAUAUAAAUGAAUGAUUUCAUCAUUAGGAUAUUUUUACA